AUGAACGACACAGUGACUAUCCAGACCAGGAAAUUCAUGACCAACCAAAUACUUCAGAGGAAACAAAUUGUCAUCGAUGUCCUUCACCCUGGAAAGGCAACAGUAACAAAGACAGAAAUUAGGAAAAAACUGGCAAGAUAUACAAGACCACACCAGAUGUCAUCUGUAUUUGGAUUCAGAACUCACUCUGGUGGUGGCAAGACACCUGGCUUUGGCAUGAUUUAUGAUUUCUUGGAUCAUGCAAAGAAAAAUGGACCCAACCAUAGGCUUGCAAGGCAUGGCCUGUACGAGAAGAAAAAGACAUCAAGAAAGCAGCGAAAGGAACGCAAGAACAGAAUGAAGAAAGUCAGAGGGACUGCAAAGGCCAAUGUUGGUGGUGACAAAAGGCCAAAGGAGUAAAGAAUCUGCAAUGACGU